AUGCAGGCGAAGAAAGACGAAAUGAAAAGAGAAUUGGAGAAUGAGAUCCGGGUGCAACAGGCACAGGGUCUUCUGGCUUCCAUUGACGAAAAAUGCUUCGCUAAGUGCAUAACGAAGCCUGGUACAUCCAUGUCCAGAACGGAAGAGACGUGUCUAUCGAGAUGUCUGGACAGGUAUAUGGAAGCAUUUGACAUCGUCUCGCGUGUAUAUCUUGCUCGGAUUCAAAGAGAACGGAUAGACAGAUCGACGUAA